CCGAGUCCACUCAACCAAAGUGCCGCCGCUGCCGUCCGUGCCCCCCGCGCGCACCCAAAAACCAACGCACCCAGCGCCCGCCCACGCCGUAAAAAACACCGCGCAGGCGCAGCCGUGCUGCCGUAAAAACCCACACGUCCUGUGUUCAUUGACCUGGCCUCCCUCCCAUCCCAUCUCUCUCUGCCUGCGGAUUUUUGCCUCGCGGAGCUCACACGCACGCCCUCCACACCCCCACCACUCUCUCCCGUCUUCCCCCUUUCCGCUCAUGUUGAACCAUUCCCAUUCCCGGCCCGAUUCCCGCUCCCCGUUCCUCCACCACGGCCACGCCCACGCCGCCGCCGACACGGAGCACCACCGGGGGGCGCAGCAGGGGAUGGACCCGCCGUCGUCGUCGGGCCGCACCACCCCAACCACGCCGCGCCGGCAGCUGCAGGGCCCGCGCCCGCCCAGGCUCAACGUCCGGAUGGAGUCGCACGCCAUCAAGAAGCCCUCCGGCUCGGGGUCCUCGGGGGUUGUCCCGCCCGGCGGGCAGGGGCACGGGAGGCCGCGGGACCACCACCACCCGCAGCAGCCCGGGGGCCGGGCGCCCGUCAUCAUCUACGACGCGUCGCCCAAGGUCAUCCACGCCAAGCCCAGCGAGUUCAUGGCGCUCGUGCAGCGCCUCACGGGCCCCGGCGCAGGCGGAUCCGGCUCCGCCACGCCGCCCGACGCGCAGGCGCAGCAGAGCGAGGCACACCACCACAUGGUGGUCGACGGCGGCGGCGGCGACGACAACCCGCUGCUGGGCCAGGCGUUCCUGCCGCCCGAGCUGCUGCUGUCGCCGUCAGCCGCCAUGUCCCCGGCCGCGCGCCUCGCCACCAUCGAGCGGUCCGUGCGGGGCCCCAUGCCCUCCUCCGCGCCGGCAGCGGCGACGGACUACGACGUCCUCGACGCACAGACCGGCGGCCUCGGCGGCGGCGGCGACGACGACGGGACCCUCGCGGCGGUACUGGGCCCCGCUUUGCGGCACCCGAGCAUCCUGUCCCCGCUGCCGUCCUCGCUGCCCCCCGCCGCCGCGUCGGGGCUGUUCUCGCCGCUGCCCUUCGACGCCAGCAGCAUCAGCUGGCUCAACGAGCUCAGCCCCAUCCUCCGGGCAGCGGCUGCAGCAGCAGCGUCCACGGCCAACGCCGGCGCCGGCGCCGGCGCAUCCUCGUCCGGCGGCUUCGGCCCCGGCGGCGUCACGAGCAACGGCGGCGGCGGAUCUCGGCAGCAGCCGCCGGCCUACUACUCCGACCCGUUCGUCCCCAGCCCACGCAACCUCCUCGCCACGCCCACCGUGCCGUCGCCGGCCACGUGCGCCGAGUUCUUCGGCAGCCUGCCGGAUCUUUAGCUCGCCAGUCGCCGCCCCUGCAGCCGCCGCCGCCGCGCUCCCGUCCAAGACAGAUGCAGCAGCGGCCGAAACUUUCUGCGACAUUUUUCCACACCUUUUUUUUUUCUUGGCGGGUAGGGGCAAGAUGGUGGGCCCGGCACUGAUGCUAAUUUGAUUAGUGCAGCAGCAGGGAGUGAUGAUAAUCAGAAAGGGCGUGAGAACAGAAUGCAAUGCAGAAAAAGUUUUUCUGGUAGCAGUAGAAGCGGCCGGCCGGCCGGCCGGCCAGCACAUGCCUUUGUUUAUUUCUCCUUUCCUCUGGGAUUUAUUACACCUCUUGUGUAGUGUAGGCCAAGGAAGUGAUUAUGGUUUGUUUAAUGGAGGAUUUGUUAAUUCUUUAGUAGCUUGGUGAUGUGAUGAGCU